AUGCCUCCCGCAUCCCGCUGUCGCCCUAGCAAGGCGUCCGAGGCAGGUCGCGAUGACGGCUGGUCGCGGGCGAAAGUGACAGGGCCCGACCUCCUGCUUAUUGGUGUGGUCGUCGGGACCGCUGUUUGGAUCGACUGGCGCCUUGGAGGCCAUGUCCAUCCCGUCCUCGUCUCGGCGGCGAAGUUGGAGGAGAAGACCGCGCACAACACGGAGCAGCUCAAUACGAUCCUUGCAUCCUCCAGUUCGCUCAAAGCCAAUGUCGCGGUUCUUGUGGACCGCAUCGAGAGGAUGGCGGAGGAGAAGCACGAGAAGAACGCACCGAAGGCGCUCAAGGCUUGA